UUAACACAUAAUGACCAGAGGGUUAUUCUCCUCCUGCUUGGUUGCUGAAAAAAUUUUCUCCCCUUGAAUCCUCUGGUUUUUUCCUGCGUUUUCUGGGUAAACCAGAUAGUGGUUAGUUUCCCAAAAAAUAAAAAUAAAAAAAAUAUGAACUUUAGGUUUCAGAACCUUGUUGGAGCUCCGUACAGAGGAGGCAAUGCCCUAGUUAUCAACAACACUGAGUUAAUAUCACCGGUCGGUAAUCGAGUUUCCGUCAUUGACCUGAUCAAAUCCCAAACCUCGACUCUACCGGUACAGUCGUCUUCCAACAUCUGUAGAAUCGCCGCCUCGCCCGACGGAGUUUUCCUCCUUACAGUGGACGAGAAUAACCGCUGCUUAUUCAUCAACCUGCGCCGCCGAGUUGUGCUUCAUCGUAUUUCCUUUAAGAAAUCCGUCAAUGCCGUUAAAUUCAGCCCUGACGGAGCAUAUAUAGCGGUGGCCACUGGUAAGUUCGUCCAAAUUUGGCGCUCUCCUGGUUUCAGAAAAGAGUAUUUUCCGUUUGAAUUGGUUAGGACUUUCGUGGACUGUGAUGAUAAGGUUACAUCAUUGGAUUGGAGCCCAGACUCGAAUUAUUUGCUUGCCGGUUCAAAAGAUUUGACAGCAAGAUUGUUUUUUGUGAAGAAAUUGAAAACUAGGACUAAACCCUUCUCGCUUUUGGGUCACAGAGAUACAGUUGUAGGUGCGCAUUUUGGUGUUGAUAAGAAAACAAAUAGGGUUUGCAAAGUUUAUUCAAUUACACGGGAUUGUUUUGUUUUCAGUUGGGUUUUUAAGGGUGAUGAAGAUGAGUCUGAUAAAAUGGAAGAAGAAGAGGAUGCAUCGGAACCACCCUCUCCAGCAACCCCAGAUAGGGAUGUUGAAGGGAAUUUAGAAGUUGAUGAUGGUAGAAAUGUGAAAAAGAGAAAGGAAUCUGAUGGCAAAGAUAUUGACCUGGAUGAAGAGGGUGGUGGGUAUUUGCAAAGAGGCAAAUGGGUGUUGUUGAGGAAGGACAAUUUCAUGCAGGCUCCUGCAAAGUUGACUGCCUGUGAUUAUCAUCGGGAGCUUGAUAUGGUGGUUGUGUGUUUCUCAAAUGGUGUAUUUCGGCUGUAUCAGAUGCCUGAUUUUGUGUGUAUUCACUUGUUGUCAAUUUCAAGAGAGAAGAUCACAACGGCAGUUUUCAAUGAUCUUGGAAAUUGGUUGAUAUUUGGUUGUGCAAAGUUAGGGCAACUGCUUGUUUGGGAGUGGCGGUCAGAGAGUUAUAUUUUGAAGCAGCAGGGACAUUACUUUGAUGUAAACUGUCUUGCUUAUUCACCAGAUUCACAACUCCUGGCAACUGGAGCGGAUGAUAACAAAGUCAAGGUGUGGACUGUUUCCUCAGGCUUUUGCUUUGUAACAUUCUCAGAGCAUACUAAUGCAGUUACUGCUCUCCAUUUUAUGGCCAACAACCAUUGUCUCUUAAGUGCAUCUCUGGAUGGGACUGUUCGUGCAUGGGAUCUCUUCCGUUAUAGAAAUUUCCGGACGUUUACCACCCCCACUUCUAGACAAUUUGUUUCUCUAGCAGCAGAUCAAAGUGGUGAAGUGAUUUGUGCUGGAACUCUAGAUUCAUUUGAGAUUUUUGUUUGGUCAAUGAAGACGGCUCAUUUGUUGGAUAAACUUAGUGGUCAUGAAGGUCCUGUUCAUGGUUUGAUGUUUUCUCCUACAAAUGGAGUCUUAGCUUCAUCUUCAUGGGACAAAACAAUCCGGCUGUGGGAUGUUUUUGAAGGAAAAGGUGCUGUUGAAACAUUUCCUCACACACAUGAUGUUCUCACAGUGGCUUACCGUCCAGAUGGAAGGCAGUUGGCUUGCAGCACACUAGAUGGUCAAAUUCAUUUUUGGGACCCAAUUGAUGGAUCAUUAAUGUACACGAUUGAGGGGCGAAGGGAUAUUGCUGGAGGGCGCCUUAUGACAGAUCGUAGAUCAGCUGCGAACUCAAGUUCAGGGAAGUGCUUCACAUCCUUAUGCUAUUCGGCUGAUGGGACUUACAUACUGGCUGGGGGAAGUAGCAAAUACAUCUGCAUGUAUGACAUUGCUGACCAGGUGUUGCUUAGGCGAUUUCAAAUAACUCUCAAUCUUUCUUUGGAUGGAGUUCUUGACUUCUUAAACUCAAAGAAAAUGACAGAAGCUGGUCCACUAGAUUUAAUUGAUGAUGAUGAUAGUGAUAUCGAAGAAGGUAUCGACAAACAAACCCAAGGAAAAUUAGGUUUUGAUUUACCAGGAUCCAUGCCUAACCGUGGAAGGCCCAUUGCUCGAACGAAAUGCUUGAGAAUUGCACCCACUGGCAGGAGUUUUGCAGCAGCAACAACAGAAGGGGUUCUGGUUUUCUCCAUUGAUGAUAGCUUCAUAUUUGACCCAACUGAUCUUGACAUAGAUGUCACACCUGAGGCAGUAGAUGCGGCACUGGAUGAAGAUCAACCAAACAGAGCUUUGCUCCUUAGCCUUCGCUUGAAUGAGGACAAUCUAAUCAAAAAAUGCAUUUUUGCUGUCAGUCCGGUCGAUAUUGCUCCUGUUGCCUCGUCCAUUCCUAAGAGAUAUCUGCAGAGGUUUAUAGAGGCACUUGCAGAUCUUCUAGAAAGUUGCCAACAUAUAGAAUUCAUACUUAGAUGGUGUCAGGAACUUUGUAAAGCUCAUGGUAAUUCUAUUCAGCAAAAUUCCAGAAACCUGCUUCCUGCUUUAAAAUCCUUGCAAAAGGCAAUAACAAGAAUGCAUCAGGAUUUGGCAGAUACAUGUUCAUCCAAUGAAUACAUACUAAGAUAUUUAUGCUCGAUAAACUCCAAGAAAUGAAUCAUAUGAACGAAACUCAUAAGAGGGCCGGGCCUAUACAAUUUUUGAUUUUGUAGACGUUAUAUUUACCAACAAUUCUGUUGUGAAUUUUGCGAGAUGUGGAAAUUGUAAAAGCUGCCAGAAAAAACUGAUAAAUGUUCUUCCAUUUUUUCGGAAUAUAAAUGAAAAUUUUGUUGUAAUGCCAGAAUGCUCCUUUACCAUUAGAAUUGCACAAAUAAUUUUAAGGCGUUUGCUUUUAAUUUCCUAGCAAACAUUUGUGUCUUGGCAACUAAUGGGUUCUCCUUUAAUCCAAUCACAGCCAUUUCCAAUGCCAAAAAAAUAAAAAUAAAUAAA